AUACAGGACAAAGAAUAUACAAAGCACCAUCACAAUUUGAGAAAUGAAAAUUUUAGAAUACUUAUACAUUACGUUUGAAAAAUAAAAGAAAUAAGAUCUUUUAUAUUCUUUAUACAUCUUCUAUAACAAUCAAAUAAAAUAUUGCAAGCUCAAGUGUUUAAUGUGAAGUUAGCGAUAAUCAGAUUUUUAUCGAUUUCGCCCCUUUAAGUCGAUUUAUUGUUGGCAAAAUUCAGGGUAGAAAAAAAAACGGUUGUCUUCAAUUUUCGUCUGCCAUGUGCCAUUAUAUGUUCAUCACUCUUUGAAGACGCGUCACACCUGUGCAGUUCGCUAUAUUUUACUUUAGUUACAAUAACUUCAGUCAAAUAAUGAAGUAUCACUUUUAACUUUCAAGUCUUACAUUAUUUUGGAAUUUAAAAGUCAGUGUAUAAAAGAAAAAGUAAAAAAAGAAAUGGAAGGCUCACCAAGAAAACUAUCUAAACGUCCGGCUGAGCCGAUAGAUGAUUGGUUAGAAAGCCAAGGAUACUUUAGAAAACAUGCACCAAAAGAUCCAACAUGUUUGUUCAGAGCAAUUAGUGAACAAAUUUAUUCAACACAACAUUUUCAUAUUCGUGUGAGACGCGAAUGUAUAAAUUUUAUGAAAAAGCAUAAAGAUUUAUUUAAAAAGAAAAUAAAUGUUCCCUUUGACGGCUAUAUUGAUCAAAUGGCAUGUUUCACCGAAUGGGGUGGAAUACAUGAAAUUGAAGCAAUGUCAGAAUUGUAUCAAAGGGAAAUUAUUAUUUUUGAUGGUCAAACGAUGACGAGAAAAAUUGUCAACAAUAAUUAUGGUUAUAAAAAUCAUAUUACACUUUGUUAUACUGCACAAAAGCAGUACGAAAGUGUUUAUACAAAAGAAUAUAUAAAAACGGCUGGUUUCUGUCAGUCACUGGUUUAUAAAACCUUAUACAAAGAAGUCUUCCAGAUGCCAAAUGUUGACGAAACUGUUUACAAAAUGUUACACGAUAGACCAUUUCCGUUAAAAUAUGAAAAAUUCUCUCCAAAGGGAAUUGCAGAACAUAGAGAAAAUUCAGCAAUUGUAAUGCUUAAUAAAGUAAAUGAUGGCUGUACGGAAAGUGAAGACAUUUUUUGUCUUAAAGGCACUCCGUUCCCUUAUCGAGUGGCCAAGGCUCUUGAUGAAGAUAUUUUUCGUAAUACAGACUUUGACAUCUGGCACGAAAUUCGUCGCGAAGUGCGAAACUCGGGAUUUUCAAAGUACAAUGGUACUGAAUUUCAAGUAGGAGGGAAAUGUUUGGUCGAAAUAAAUAUGAAAGUGGAUGAUUUGACAAAUAACAACGAUUUAAAUACCACUGACAAAAAAAUUCAUAUUAAUUGUGACGAAGCGUGUGGUAAUACUGAAAAAUUUUUAACUGGUCACAUACAAGAAAUGAGUAAAAAUGAGGGACCAGUUGUUGUUUUUAUUCUUGAACUCGGAGAAAAACGGACUGUUCCCUAUUCGGCGCUCAAACCAUUUAACAUGAAAAGAACUAAAGCAAAUAUAUUAACAAUUCCAAAAAAAAAUCCAGCCGUUGACCCAAGUGCUUUAAAGAUAAAAAAGCCAUUUAGUUCAACUAGAAGGAGUAAAGAAAUUUCAACGUUUGAGCGAAAUUCCAACAAGGGAUCUUGCAACAAAAGAAACGUUGAAACUGGUACAAUGAAGUGGACUGCAGAAUCGAGUGAGAAUAAAGCUGCUUUUGUAAAGUCCUGUGUGGAGAAUUAUAAUCCACCAGUUGAGGAUUUUACUGCUGAUCUUGACGUUCCCGUGGAGAGGGAGAAAAACACCACAACCACCAUUACAACCACCACAAACACCACUAGUCCUUCAAUUGCAAAUGAGGAGAAUAUGAAAAAGUUGUGUUUAUCAAAUCCUGUAAUUGCAAACGGUUCAGAGAAUAAUUAUCAAUUUCAACCGCCACAACAGAAUGUGACAUUUUUCAUUCCUCCGGCAGAGAAUAACAAUUUUCAACAAAUUGUACCGCCCUGUGUAAACGAUGUACUUCCGAAUGUUGAUUUUCUUUUGGAUCAAGCGGAUCAUCCAAUUAAUAUGUCAGCGGCAAAGAGCAUUGAUGUUAAUGGCAGUGAUUUGCCACUAAGUGAUCUUCAAACUUUAAGAUUCUUUUACAAUCUAGGAAUUCAGUAUCUGAAUGCGGCAAACUAUUUAUGCAGCGUCAAUCAUCCUCCACCUAUUAAUGGACAAUUUAAUAAUUUUCCUAUGGAAAAUUCUCCUGAGCAGAAACCGAACAAUAUACCAGAAGGAUCUCAAGAGGAUGUUAAUCAAGUGACUCACAUGCAGCCAAAAUAUGGUUUUCGAGCAAAAAAAGAGAAUGGAGAAAAUGGAUUUAAAUCAACGUUUAAUAAUAAUUAUAAAACGUUGAAAAAUUCAAACGUACGAUUUAAUGGAACGCAGGAACCUCUUGUACCAAAUAACACACAAAGAAAUCCAAAAGAUUGCAAUAAAAAUGCACAAUAUUGCAAUAACGAAAGAAGCCGCGAACAUAUUAAUGAAUCGAAGGACGUAACUCGCACUCCACGUAACGGUGUGGCACCACGCUUCAAAAAAUGCAUUGACGGACGAAAUCGUAAUUUUGUUCAACCAUCAAGGCGCAAUCAACAACGAGAAGGUGAAUUUCAUCAAGGUAACAAUCGAUUCCCAGGAUCAAAAAUCGAGGGACAAGGAAAGCAAUUUGAAAGAAACAGUGGUUCACCAGGAAAUCGACAAAAUCAAUAUCCCCAUCAGGUACAAUUGCCAAUGAAUAAUCCACAAUAUCAAUAUGCACCACAUCAACCUUCCAUCUAUCCACAACAAAUGUGUAACGAUGCCGAGACUUAUUGUCAACAAAAUACGGGACUUAUUCCAAUUCCCUAUGUUCAUUCAGUUGAUAAUGGCGAUAAUAAUGCAAAUUCAUUUCCACCUGUAAUUUACACUGGCGUUGAUAAUUAUCAACAAACAUACGUGCCAUAUUAUCAGCCAUACGCUUAUCAACCACAAACUGUUUAUCCUGGAAUGGGACCGGGAAAUUCACAAGAAAAUUGGUAUCAAUAUCCAGGUCAUUCACAUUAUAUUCCACCUUGCGUGCAAUUUAAUCAACCACCACCACCACAACCUGGCUCAUCAUCAAAUGGCGCUAUGUAAAAUUUCAUUUACAUAAUAAGAUCAAAAAAAAAAAAAAAAAAAAAAGAAUAUCCUGAGGAUAGUUAAAUUAUGUUACAUAACGAUUAUUAGUUAUUAUUUUUAUUAUUAAUAUUAUUAUUAUUUUUUGCUUUUUGAUACUGUUAACGUAUAAAAAUCUUUUUUGAUAUUAAUAUUUUCAUAUAUAUUUUAUAAUAAUAUUUUUUCAAAUAGAGUAAUUUCUAUUUAUAAAUGACGGAUUUUGGAUUAAUAUAAAACAGUUACUGUUACUUUUACAGGUUAACAUUUUUCGUCUAUAAAAUAAAUUUACUAAAAUGAA